CGCCGGCAAAAAAUUUAAAUUUAAUCUGUCGUUUGUGGGCAAAGAGGGAGAUUUUUAAGGUUAGGAACUUACUGUUUUAAUAAUUUGGAUAAUUAAUUUAUUAUAAACGAAAAUUUUGGUGCAAAAUGCUUAAUAAAUAUGUUCACGUUACCCUACGAUAUAAAACAGGACACUUAAAUUUUGUAUUUCGAAAAAUUAGUAAAUAUUUAGACAAGGAUAUAUCAUCCAAAGUUAUUAGGGAGAAAUUUUUGAAUUAUUUUAUUGAAGAAAAGGGUCAUAAAUUUGUUAAAUCGAGUCCAGUAAUACCGUUUUGCGAUCCAACUGUUCCGUUUGUAAACGCGGGUAUGAACCAAUUCAAAGGAAUAUUUCUUGGAUUACAAACUCCUCAGUAUCCGAAGGUAGUAAACUCGCAGAAAUGUAUUCGAAUUGGAGGAAAACAUAAUGACCUAAAUAAUGUUGGAAGAGAUGGAUAUCACCACACAUUUUUUGAAAUGCUUGGAAACUGGUCUUUUGGGAAUUAUUUUAAGAAAGAAGCAUGCCAAAUGGCUUGGGAACUUUUAACAAAAGUUUACAAAUUACCAGCAUCUCGUUUGUAUGUAACUUAUUUUAGUGGAAAUACAGAAUUAAAUUUGCCACCUGACGAGGAGACUAAGCACAUAUGGAGUACAAUUGGUGUGGAAGAGGAAAGAAUUCUACCCUUUGGUGAAACUGAUAAUUUUUGGGAAAUGGGCUUGGUAGGCCCUUGCGGUCCUUGCACCGAAAUUCAUUAUGAUCAUAUGGGAACUGUAAAUAGAGCGCAGCUUGUCAACAGAGGGUUGCAUGACCUGACGGAAAUAUGGAACAUAGUUUUUAUAGAGCAUAAUAGAAAGCAAGAUGGCUCAGUGCAGUUAUUACCCAAAAAGCAUAUUGAUACAGGCUUGGGAUUUGAAAGGCUGACAUGCGCUUUGCAAGGCAAGGUCAGCAGUUAUGAUACAGAUAAUUUCACUUAUUUAAUGAAAGCAAUUCAAAAAAAUUGUAGUGGAAUUUCUGAAUAUUCGGGCCAUUUUGGAGAACAAGAUUGGAACAAUGUUGACAUGUCUUACAGGACAUUGGCGGAUCAUGUUAGAAUGAUUACAGUUUCUUUGGGCGAUGGGGCUAUACCUGAACAAAAUCAUAAACUAAGACGAAUAUUGAGAAAAUGUUUCUACUUGAGUGAGACUGUUUUUAAAAAAGAUAAAGGAUUGACAAAAGAGUUAAGUAAUUAUGUUGUUGAAAAUUUGGGUCAGGUGUAUCCCGAAAUAGAGAGAAAUGUGGAUCAAAUUCAUCAAAUAAUAGACUAUGAAGAAAAUGUCUAUCACAACUUAAGAAAAUCUUCAGAGAAGGAGUUGCAAAAAUUAAUUAAAGAGAAUGCCAAACUUACAACCAUCGAUCCCAUUGAUAUUGCCCCAAAUGUGUUAACAGCAUAUAAGGAGUUGCACGAGUCAAAGUGUAAAAUUAUAGAUGACAAAUUGGCAUACAGAUUGUAUGACACUCACGGCAUGGACGAAGAACUAAUACUACAAGUGUCCAAUGUUCUGGAUAUUGAAUUCAACCCGCUCAGUUUUGCCAAAGGUCUUGACGACGCAAAACUCGAGUCUAAGAAAAAGUCGGCCGAAAUGAAAUUUUCGAUUAAUAUUGAACCAACAAUACCAAGAACUGACGAUUCGAGUAAAUAUUUCUACAGCAAAGGAAGAAGGGGGUAUAGUUUUCCACCCGUGGAGUGCAAAGUUCUCAAUAUUAUACAGAACGACUUGUCCACUUCUGAAGCGGGAGAAAAUUGUGUGUGUUCACUCAUUUUAGAUAAAACAAAUAUGUACUGUGCCGCCGGAGGUCAAGACUCUGACAGAGGCACUAUAAUUUUUGAGCAUUCUCAGUUUGACGUUAAAGAGUUGCUUAACAUUGAUGGCCGGAUACUCCAUAGAGGUGUGGUCAGAAGUGGGACGGUCAGAUCAGGUUCCUUGGGUACAAUAAAACCGGACGAAGCCGCGAGGAUUGCUAACAUGUGUAACCACACCGGCACCCACUUGUUGAACGCUGCUGUAAAGAAAAUUAAGAGAGCUAGCUGUCAGAAAUCCAGCAAAGUGACUGACUCGUACUUAAAUUUAGAUGUAGCUAUUUUCGGAGCAAAAUUAGACAUAAGUGAUGUAGUCAGCAUUGAGGACACAAUCAGUAGUCUCAUUAAGAAGCAAAUAGAAGUUAAAGUUAGUAUAGUAGAUAGUCAACAGCUCUACAAGUAUGAUGAGAUUACAUUGAUACCUGGCGAGGUGUAUCCAGAUAAUAACAUAAGAAUUAUUGAAGUAACGGAUGGUUCAGCCUUUAUUUCAAGGGAACCCUGUUGCGGUACUCACGUCUUAAACACCUCAGACCUGGAAGAUUUUUGUGUAAUCGGGAUGAAAUCCUUAGGUAGAAGCACUCAGUCGGUCACAGCUGUUACUGGCGAUCGAGCCAAAUUAGCGAGGCAAAAUGCCGUGCGUUUAUCCGAAGAAAUUUCACUGUUAAAGAAAUCGUUGGGGGAUAAUAUGGACAAGCCGGAAUUAAUAGAAGUUGCGGUGGGAAGAAUAAAGAAGAAGCUAAAUUUUGAUGCCCGGGACAAUACGAUCAUCCCUCUGGUAUUUAAGGAUGCAGCUCUGGCAGAUUUGCAAGUUGUAAAUGGGCAGUUAAAACAAAUCGGCAAACAAAACUUGAAGAACUUCAUCGAGAUGGAAAUGGAGGAUGCUCUACAAUCGAACAUUGGCACGUCGAAAUCCAAUAAAAAAUAUAUUGUGCAUUAUUUGCGAAGCUCCGUCGUUUUAGACUCCGUGCCUCUACAAAAAGCCACUAAACUAUGCCCCAACAUGCCCGUAUUGAUUGUUUCCUAUUCGGACAACAUAGUCAAAGCACGUUGUUGCGUGCCCAAGGAAUUUCAAAACGAAUACUUCGACGCUCAAACGUGGCUGACCGAAACCGUUGCCACCGUGUUCGAUUCAGAGGUGAGGCCCUCCAAAAACCAGGCAGGAGAUGCGAUUUGCAACAUGAAGCCCAAAAAGGUUCACAUACAGGAAUGGGACACGUUGCUCAAAGAGGCCAUGAAGUUGGCGAAGAAAUAUGUUCAUGAUAAUUUGUGAUCGAUUCCUAUUGAAAUAA